GUCAUCACAAUGAAGUACAUUCAAACCGAUCAAAUCUUAGACAUUCCAGAAGGUGUUACCGUUGACAUCAAGGCCAGAACCAUCAAGGUCACUGGUCCAAGAGGUGUUUUAACCAAGGAAUUAAAGCACAUUGAUGUUACCUUCAACAAGAUUAACAACAGAGCUGUUAAGAUCACUGUCCACAAUGGUGACAGAAAGCACGUUGCUGCUUUAAGAACCGUCAAGUCUUUGAUUGCUAACUUGAUCACCGGUGUUACCAAGGGUUACAAGUACAAGAUGAGAUUCGUCUAUGCGCAUUUCCCAAUCAAUGUCAACAUUGUUGAAACUGAUGGUCAAAAGUUUGUUGAAAUCAGAAACUUCUUGGGUGAAAAGAGAGUCAGACAAGUUAAGAUCCAUGAUGGUGUCACCAUGGAAAUUUCUACUGCUCAAAAGGAUGAAUUAAUUGUUUCCGGUAACUCCUUGGAAGCUGUUUCUCAAAACGCUGCUGAUAUCCAACAAAUCUGUCGUGUUAGAAACAAGGAUAUCCGUAAGUUCUUGGAUGGUAUUUAUGUUUCUGAACGUGGUACUAUUGUUGAAGAAAUCUAAAUGAAGGUAUAACUAAUUUAAUUAAUACACUUAUUUUAUAUUUCAUGAUUUUUUAGUUGAUUCAAAGGUUUUUAUAGGUUAUUUUAUGGGGAUUAACCCGGGAAUUUGUUUCAACUUUAGUGGAUCGUUACCGAGCCUCAAAUUAUAAUAUAGAGCCACCAACGAU